CAAGCAUAUUAGUUUACGACAACGUUUGAGCUUGCAAAACACUCUCGAAGGAGAUAUUCGUCUUCAAGAAUAAAGUCCACUUCUUACAAUUUUAAACCAUUUCUCCAGCCAUGGGCAAUGCAAAAGCAUUCCUUUACCUUUUUAACUUCAUAUAUUUGGGUAUAUCUGGUUUGCUGAUCUAUGUUGCGGUAUGGUUGAUUAAAUCCUACCGUCAUUUCUACGACAUUACAUCAAAUACCUAUACGGUGGUACCUGCUGGCAUCAUCAUUGGUGUUGGUUGUCUCGUACUCCUGACGGCAGUCAUUGGAUGCUGUGGAACAUGCUAUGAAAACAAGUGCUGUCUUUCCUUCUUCUUUUUCCUACUACUGCUUGCCUUCUCACUGGAAAUUUCUGCUGGAGUGCUGGGUGCUUUGUACAAGAAUGAGGCAAAAGAGGAUGUUCACAAGGGUCUGGAUGCAGCCAUCGAACAUUACAAUAACACCAACACUGGAACUGAUAAAGUCAUUGACUAUGUGCAGCAUAAGCUGAAAUGCUGUGGGGAUAAUACUUACCAAGACUGGCUCAAAUCUGAUUACUACAAAAAAUAUAGGGAGCUGCCACAUUCCUGUUGUCCCAAUGAAGGAAGUGCCUGCAGAACAUUAAAUGUUCUUAAUAAACCCUAUACAGAUGGGUGCUAUGAGCAGCUGCGAAACAAGUUUGAUCACUACUUGACUUACAUCAUUGGUAUUGGCAUUGGCUUUGCUAUUCUCCAGCUCUUCGGAAUGAUAGCAUCUUGCUUCGUCAUGUGUAAAAGUGGAGACAUCAGCUAUGCUCCUCUCCAUGGAGGAACAUUCGUGUAGAGCAUUGCAGUCACAGUACUUCUUUUGUACAUCUAGCAAACCUACCUUUGUAUACAGCUCCUUCAGUAUAUGAGCUCUAGUUUAUAUACACUAGAUUUAUAUAUAUCAAAAACGCAUAUGUUAUAACCUAUAUCUUUAAAGAAAAACUUGGGUUGCACAGCUUCAUUAAGUUUUUUGUAGAACCUUAAAACUUUAAAACUGCUUAAAGCAUGAAAAUUUUUAAAACAAUUACCCAUGCUCCCCACACGCUGCACCCCCACCCCUUCCCCCUCCUCUCCCCCCUCAACCCCACCCCACCCCACCCAUGCUACACCUUUCCUUAGUUGUGUGAUAUCUUUAUCUUAGAAUAUUAUCUUAGAAAAAUACAAGGCAAAUGAGGCUUUCUAUAUUUCAUUGUUUAACACAAUGUUGUAUCUAUAGAAAAGUCGUUCUUGCCUUGGCCUCCUCAAAGUUAGAACAUAUAAGAUUAGCAGGGUUAUCUUCGUUAAAACAAUUGAUUAUAAAUGGAUCAUUUAAUUCUAAGAUAGAAGAAUAAUGUCUUUACAUUUUUAAUAGUCGCUGUCAAGGAAAUCGUCAGGUUUUUCGCUUAAGAAAUUAAAAARUAAAGAGUAAUUUUAGAGAAAACGCCCAAAGUAUUUAACGAAUAAAAGACAAAAUUUCUAGA